AUGGUGUACAACUCGUUGACUGAUGCUCCUCACAACCUCAAGGAGGGCAUUGACUGGUUGAUUGCCCUUAAGGGAACUAAUGCUGAGAGCAAUUUCAAGGCUAUGGCUGCCGCGGUGCACAAGUUUCUUGCAGACAAGCCCGUUGGCAAGAUGGAUGUACCUGCUCUCAAUAAAAUAAAAUCCAUUUUUAAAAAAUUCAUAGGACAAAGUGCGCUUAAUAAACACUCAUUCGUGAGAAGACUGCUGGGCAGAUUCGAAAGGAAAAUGAGUACGAAAGUCAGCUUAUUCCAUAAACGCUUUGGAAGUCUCGACCCAAGCGAUUGUGAGAACGUCAUAGAGGCUACAGGUGUGAAACCUGAACACAUCGCAGUGGAGUUGGCAAAAGCUGUGGAUGGGUGUGAGAAGUUCUUGGGAAACAUCAAGGCUUCUGACCAUUAUGAAUCUGCUUACAGUUCAAGAGCUACGUGGGAUUCAUCAUGCUCGAGAAACCCAGAAGCUUGCGCAGUGGUUCUCGUGGGAAUUGCGCCAAUUCUAUACACAGGUCUACGGUCCCUGAAAGAGGCCAGUGCGAACGUUGCGAAUCGUCAAUGGCUAGUUAGUUAUACGGAAAUGCAUCUCAAAAAUGUGAUGAAAGCUGUUGGAUACAAAACAGACGAAUGUCGCUCUGGCAUUAGUGGAUUGGACAUAUUUAAGACGUUACGUAAUGUGAAAUACGAUAUUUUGAAUUCAAUAUACAGCCUCGCUGGAUUUUGGGCCUUCUACGGAUUUGAUAAAAUGGGAGAUCUAGUAGUUGAAAUAACCAAAGACCGUAAAGCUGUGCCAGCCGUUGACGGUAAAGGCAAACAGCCUGUUAUCCCCGAAGCUGAACCAUCCGUCGAUCCUGUGAAACCUGAAGUUGGUGAGGUUGAACAGCCUGUAAAGGUUGCAAAAGCUGCUAAAGUGGCGAAAUCUGGAAGGUCUGGCAAGAAAACUACCAAGGUCAGCCAGAACAAGUAG